AUGGGGGAGUUCAAGAUGAGUGAUCUCAGACUACUUUCAUAUUACCUUAUAAUCGAGAUAGCUCAGUUCGAAGGAGGUGUAUCGAUCAAGCAGACAACAUAUGUCCAAAAGGUGUUGAAUCAAUUUAGAAUGCUUGAUUGUAACUCAACAAAGGCACCAAUGGAGCAUAGGGCUCAACUUUAUAAGGAUUCCGAAGGACAGUCGGUUGAUACAACUGAAUAUCGAAGAGUCAUUGGUUGUUUGCGCUAUCUCCUUCAUACAAGGCCAGAUCUUUCUUAUGUUGUUGGUGUUGUCAGCAGAUUCAUGGAGAGACCAACUGAGAUACAUCACAAGGCAAUGAAGUAG